AUGGUGCAGGGUGCGUGUGUAGGUGGCGGUGUGAAAUGUCUGGAUCUCAAAGGUGAGCGAUUAGACCACCGCUCCUGUGAAGCUCUGGAAGUCGUCCUGAAAUCGCUGCACUUUGAUUUCAUCAAUCUGCAGGCUGCUCAACUGGAAGAAAAUGGAGCAUCGUCCUUGCUGGAUAUGAUUUUGUACUAUGAAUCUACAACCCAUCUUGACAUUUCUGACAACAGUAGUAUGGGAACAUCUGGUUGGAGGGCCCUCGCUCAUUUGAUAAAGCAGAGUGUGCGUCUGUCCAGGCUGGAUGUAUGUAACGUGCCCAUGGCUGACUACCCGGCCCAGUCUCUAUCUCAAGCUCUGCUGACCAGCCGGCUCACAGUGCUGCACCUUCAUAAUGCCCAGCUCAGCGGCAUGCCCCUGUACACUCUAGUUGGUGCACUGAAGAAAAACAAAGCUUUGCAAGAGCUCCACCUUACCAACAAUCUGCUAAACAGCUACCAGGAUGCCCUGCAGCUUGGAGACCUACUACGCUACAACACCACUUUACAGACUCUGGAGAUCAGCAACAAUGCUGUAGCAGAUGAUGGUUUGGAGGAGCUGUGUGAUGGUCUGAGAUGGCAGACGGCAGGUCUGAAGGUCUUAUUCCUAAGGAAUAACCAGAUCACUGCAAAAGGCAUGGUCCAUCUGGCUAAGACUCUGCCAGUGCUGAAGGUGCUGCAGGUCCUGGAUUUGGGUGAGAACCUGCUGGGAAAUGAAGGCAUCCAGAUCAUCAGAGAGCCUUUAAUGGUGAACUGCUCAGUACUGCAGCUCAGCUUGGCCCAAGCCAGCAUCACCUGUCAUGGUGCUGUGGCAUUGGCUGAGUUCCUUGCCGAGAACCAUCACAUUCAGCGUCUAGACCUCCGUCAGAAUCAGGUGAAGCUUGGAGGACUAAUGGCCUUGUGUCUGGCCCUGAGGAUCAACCGCUCUCUUGCUAGCCUGGAUUUGGACCACAUGCCCCCACAGGAGCAGUUCAAAGAGAUGUCAGAGGGGGUGGCAAGCUGGGCAAUCCAGUUGCUUAUGAAGACUCGUGCUACAUCAGGGGUCGCAGUGGAUGACAGAGGAAUGGUCUCUGGCCACCUGGUGGCUCUGCCCACCACAAGAAAGCAUGGGGUGGAACACCACCUUUCCACUAUGGGCCCACCAGUAUAUGUCUGUGGUUGCUGUCUAGCCAUCACCAAGGCUGAGUUUGCUACCAUGGAGAAGCUGGGACUCAUCCGCUGCUCUUAA